AUUAACAUGAUGCCCAGUACCACUGGACUCUACUGCUCCGUCAAUACACUGGAUUUAUGACUUUCUCUUUGGAUUUAAUUCUUCAAAUAUCUCUUCAUUCCCUGACGGUUCUUGGGGUUAAAAUGGAAGUUUGCUAAAGUUUCACCCAAGACUUCAGAAGCAUGUUGAUCACAAAGAUUGAAGCCAAGGAGGCCUGUGAUUGGCUGCGAGCGGCCGGCUUUCCUCAGUAUGUGCAAUUAUUCAAAGACUGCAGGUUCCCCAUCGACAUUGAGUGGGUGAAGCGUGAUCACAACUUCUUGGAUAAAGAUGCUCUGGAUUCACUGUGCAGGAGAUUAAGCACUUUAAACAAAAGCGUGGAAAUGAGGCUGGAGCUGCGGAGAUCAAAACGCAGAGGAGACGACUGUGAUGAGGACGACUUCUGCGCCAUCAGCCCCAAAUGGUCCUAUGAUCGGCGGACUCGUCGAUGGCGACGCCUGGACUCCACUGUGGACGCCCUCAACUUGUCUGACAGCUCAACGGGACCCCAGGACGUGUCUCUGUGUGAUGGAAGCGACCACCAUGAUAUCUGCUCCAUCCACAGCUCCAGUAGCACAGAGAGCGAAGGCCACAAUGGGCGCCACGGUAGUCAAAAAGACGUAACUAAUACUUCAACAGCAGCCACCGCCAGCACCACAGAUGACCAGGAUACCAGCAGGAGCUCCUCCCGCUGCUCCUCCAGGAACAAGACCCAGUCUCUGGACACCUCGUUCAGUGGACCCCCCUCUCCUGGUGAAAGUAGCGGAGGAUCUUCUGCCAUGAUUCUGGAGGCUGAAGGCUGCUUCCCGGACAAACCGCCCAGGAAAAAGGGCUCCAGUUUGCUGAAGAAGAUGGAGAAGCUGAGGCUGAGAGGGACCUCUGGCCUUCUCCACACUGCUCAUAGUCGAGGCCGUAACAACGGAGGGCAGAGCAGGCAUAUGAUCAGCAGGCCUGUUCUGGUGCAGGAGGAGGAGAAGAUGGAGAGACUGCACUGCCCGUCAAGCCUGCAUGGUCGAUCGAGCAGUCGUACAUCCUCCUCCCCCUCAUCUCCUCACACCCUCAGCAGCAGCAACAGCAGUAACAGCCAAUCAGAGAGCAGCAGCACCGUGAGCACGCCAAGCCCUGUCACCCGGGUCAGGAGUAACUGCAAACGCUCCAACAGCAGUUCCGGGGAUCUGCCUCAGAGCAACCAGAACUACACAGGAACAGAGGAGUACAGAAACCAGAUUAAUAACAACAACAACGUCAGCCAUGAGAGUCUGGUCUUCCAGGUCCCUCAUGGACACAAACCCGGGACCUUUCCCACCUCUCUGGCUCACAAACACACCCUCCUGAACCCCAUCAUCGACUCCUCCGUCAACUGGAGGACCGGGAGCUUCCACGGUUACCGAAGGCGGAACAGCAGUCGACGUGGCCCUUCAUCUCUGGCCACCAAUAACCAGGACCCCUCUUCAUCUUCCUCCUCCGGUAACGUCCCCGGGCCAGUCGCAGCGCUGGACCAUCGGCUGAGUAUCUACGACAACAUGCCCGACGACCAGCAGCUGUCAGGAAGUGAUGGUAGUAGUCGGGGGAGCGGGAGUGAUGCAGAGCGGAUGGGGGAGGAGUCAGAGGUUGGUCAGCUGUUGGCAGGUGAAGACGUUUUCUCAGCCCUGGACAGCGUUCUGGAGAGAAUCAACGACCUCCAACAGAUGGUGUCCACCUGGUCAGAAAACCUUUCAGAGGACGAGUGUCAGAGGGGCUCCACCUCCUCCUGUGCCUCUUCUUCCUCUCAGGACUCACCUGCUCACGGCUCCUCAGCUGCCUCCCCCUGCCCCUCCUCCCCGAGCCACAUCCACCUGGAGGUGCAGCGUCCAGAGGAGGAGGAGGAGGAGGAAGAGGAGGAGGAGGAGGAGGAGGAGGAGGAGGGGGAGGAACCAGCGGAUGAAGAGGAGCAGAAGACAGGGUCAGCACAACCUAGGAGCAGCAGAGUCAGCCAGCAGCUGCACUGGUCCAGCGAGCAGAGCCUGCCCUCCCUGCCCACCAGUCCAGGAGUGGAGAAUCAAUCUGUGUCCCAGUUCCUCCUGCUGCAGAAACUCUCUCUGCUCAAACUGACCGCUCUGAUGGACAAAUACUCCCCAUCCAGCAAGCAGGGCUGGAACUGGACUGUCCCAAAACCCAUGAAGAGGACCAAGGUGUUGGAGAUGAAAGGCCGGCAGGUUUUUGGCGUGCCUUUACUCCUCAGCGUCCAGCAGACAGGAGAGCCGCUCCCUCCCAGCAUCCUCAGAGCUCUGGUCCACCUGAGGACGGAGUGUUUGGACCAGGUGGGUCUUUUCCGUAAGUCAGGGGUGAAGUCUCGUAUCCAGUAUCUCCGUGAGCUGGUGGAGUCUGACCCAGUCAAAGUUUCGUACGACGGCCAGUCUGCGUAUGACGUCGCUGACAUGGUGAAGCAGUACUUCAGAGACCUGCCUGAACCCGUCUUCACCAGCAAACUCUGCGAGUCCUUCCUCCACAUUUACCAAUAUUUUCCGAAGGAUCAGCAGCUUGUGGCAGCCCAGGCAGCCAUCUUGCUCCUUCCUAGCGAGAACAGGGAGGCUCUGCGGACGCUGCUCUUCUUCCUGCGUGACGUAGUGGCCUGCGUGGAUGAGAACCAAAUGACCCCCACCAACAUCGCAGUUUGUCUGGCUCCGUCUCUUUUCCACCUGAACAACCUGAAAAGAGACGUGAACGCAACCAGGUCGAGUCACAGGAAGUACAGUCUGGGCCGCCCAGACCAGCGCGACCUGAGCGAGAACCUGGCCGCCACCCAGGGCCUCGCCAACAUGAUCACAGAGGCCCAGAAGCUUUUCCAGCUUCCAGAGUUUUGGCCCGGUCAGAGUCUCAGUGCUGCGGGACCCACUGAGGACUCUCCCUCCGAGGAAGGAGGAGGCCCAGUGUCUCCCUGUCAGAGCGGAUGUGAGGAGGAGCAGGAGGAGGUUAUGAGGAAGCUGCAGCAGAGCACCGAGCUGCUCCUGAAGGAGGCCAGAGAGAAGAGCCGAGGCUGGGAGAGCCAUCCAGCUCCUGAACAUGUGGAGCUGUCCUCCAAGAAGAUGGAUGACGGCUGCCCUCUCUGGAUGUGGCGCGGUGCUGUGGAGGUCGAAACCCCCCAGAAGGAGCUGCUCCACCGGCUGCUGAGGGAGCAGGCGCUGUGGGAGGGAAACCUGAGCCAGGCCGCCGUCAUCCAAACUUUAUCCAAGGACGCCGAGGUCUACCGCUACGUCCUCAAGAACCUGGGCCACAGUCUGGGCUCUCAACCCCCGCAGGAGCAUAUGUUACUCAGGACCUGGCAGGCCGACCCGUCCUCUGGCCCUCUGUACCUCUCUUCUGUAUCCUUGGAGCACCCUGAGGUCCCGUCGGAGGGUGUAAGAGCCCAAGUUCACUCCUGUCUCUACCUGCUGGAGCCCACAGGAGCCCGAAAGACCCGACUGAUGCACCUCUGCAGAACAGACACCAGGGGCCGAUCGCAGGAGUGGCACAGCAAAGUGAGCGGACAUCUUCUGGCCUCUGGUCUCCUCUCAAUCAAGGACUCGUUCAGACCGGAGCACAAAGAGACAAAGAUAUGAGGAACAAGCUGAGGAUAAUUUACAGAUAGUAAACUAACCCGGAGUAUUCAGUCAAAACUUUUGUCUGUUUGAGCUGCUCAUAAGAAAUCUGAAGAAAGCAGAGACUGCUGCAGCUUUUCAGGAAACUUUCUCCGAGUUUUGAAAGUGAAACUUCAGGCCCGGAGCACACGAGCAUCGAAGGUGACCUGCGAUGGCUUCCCCUAAACCAUUUGUCUCUCUUUGGCUUCCUUUUGUGUGUUCGCUCUUUUGUCUGUGACCUUGCAGUUUGCCAGCAGCACCUCUGCGCUCCCUGCUGCGUCCGAUACGCUUCACACCCAAAUAAAUGCAAACCAUGGCAUGCUCCGACAGAGGACGUUUUGAUGGGAGGAUGAAAAGCAGCGGCCUGAUUUGACUUCUAACGGAUGGAAAAGGCCGAAAAGGAGCAAGUGGACAGUGUGGUGAAAGUUUUAUCAUGAAGCUACAUGCUGCUUGCCCACUUUUUUGCACAAUAUAUUUUGAGGGAAUCAGAACUCGAGGUGAAAGAGUCAUCCUUCUCUGUGGAUUUCUUUUCCAUAUUAAAAGAAAUAUGUUGAGGAAACAUAUGGCAGCUGCAGGAAAUACAGACAGAGAACAUCAGGAAACAGACUUUCAGCCAGCAGACAUUUGGCUGCAGCGGAAAGGAAGGAGAGCAAAGGAAGAGAGGAUGCUGGGAACACACACAGGAACCAUGUCACAGACAGAAACUUAGUGAUGUACCUUAGUUUAGGGUUGAAAUGGAUGUGGCUUUGAUUAUUUGACUCUCUGUUUUAACCACUUCAGCACCACACUUCACUUCUAUAUCAGCUACAUGAGCCGCAUGAUUUACCUGAAGACCCUCAUUCAUCUGACUUUUCUUAAGAGCUGGCAGUCAGCUGGAUGUAUCUGACUUCUUGGUGUUCAAACACACUCCUUGUGAAUAGCUGUAAAAAUCAUUCACACGAGAGACUUUAGUCUGGAUUUAAAGUUAACAGAGGAACAAUUUGAGCUUAACUAAGCUGCAGCUCAGCUCGCAGCCCUCUAUUGAGGACUGAAAUUGAAAGUCACUGUUUUUACAGGUUUCAUUUACCUGAUCUGAUCUCUUUUGAGGGGAAAAGACCUUUGUGGGUCACUAAAAUCUAGGUAAAGACCUAAAAUCAUGAAAUCUGAAGGAAUCCUGAGGAGAUGAAAACCUAAAAACAGGCUAGCAGCAGCUCAGCUUGCAGACUCCAAAGUCAAAGAGUUUUGGAAAGGCUAUAAUUUUUACCUUCAACUUUCCAAAGUCACGCAUAACAGGGUCUGUUUGUUUUAGCAGAGAAAAGCAUUGUUCUUUGGAUACAAUGGCUCUUGCUUUGAACUGUACAUGUCCAACAAUGGUGGACUACCAACCUAAAAUCAGCUAUCGGCAGCUUAGCCCCUGAAAUUGUUUCACCAAGAGCCUUUCAGAAUGUAAGUUUUAAACAUGUAGUGCAUUAUUAUAACCUUUUCAACAUGCAGGCACAUAGAAACAGGCCAACUGCAGCUCAGCUCACAGUGUCUAGAUGCAAAGAGAGUUUGUGAGACUGCAAUUUUGAACCUAAUGCUACUCCAUGUACAUCUUCUAUUGCAUUAAUCUCUGGGUCUGUUUUGGCAAAAACACCUCUGUGGGUUUUUCUGCUACUUGUAAAAACCUGAACCCUGAAAACUUAAAAAGUGCUGAGCUGUCCAGCUCAAAGCCCUUCUCAAAGUUCUGUAUCUACUUAAAAGGAUAUUUCAAACAGAUCUUUUAACACAACUGCUUUAUUUUAUUUCUUAGCUAACAUCAGCGUGCACCUAGAAAUAACCUGUUAGUAGCUCAGCAUGCAGCCCCAAGAGUGCUUAUGAGACUUGAUUUCUAACCUGAAGCUGCUUCAUGUACACUUGUUUUUCUGGAUUAAUAGCCAGGUGUGUUUAUUUAGACGGGAGGAGACCUCUGUGGAUAAUUUAGUGCCUUGAAAAAAAAAACUCUCAAUUUGAACACUAAGGAAGCCAUCAGCAGCUCAGCUCGCAGCCCUUUGAUCCAAAAAGUGUCAGCAACUGAUUUUUACACUUAAACUGUUAACUGUUUAUUGGCUUUAUCAUCUGGUCUAUUUUAUUCAAAGAGGAGUAGACCUCUGUGGAUAAGUCAGCUACUUGUAGAAACCUUGCAAAUAAUGAACAGUAAAACAAAGACAGCUCACAGCCCCUGCAGACAAGUCUCAGAGAAGCACUGCCUUUUAACAUAAAACCGUUGUAUUCAGUGUUUACUGGUCUGAAUCACCAGGUCUGUCAGGUUUGGAGAGGAAGGGGACCUCUGUGGAUAAUUGGGCCUCCACAGCGAUCACUGGCGACGUGACGAGUCAUUUUGAGACUGCUGGGUGAUGAUUUAGCCUGCCAAGCUAUUGCUUCUACUUUGCCUUGUGUGCAACAAUGCAGCACAAAAACAAAAGUGCAGAUAUUGAACUAAACUGAAAAAUGUGAGCGAUUUGGGCUUCCGUUGACCAAUCAUUUGAAUGCCCAACUUUUAAGGGGAAGCCUUGGUUUACUCUGAUUCAACUAGAAACUUCAGAAAACAUAAAGCUUGCAAGCAUUUAGAGAAAGCUGCAGCAGGAGUCUCUUGGUGUGGAUGCUUUUGGCUAACUCAGAGAUGUGUUUCUGCAUAACAAAUCCAGAAAACUGAACUGAAUUUAGGAGAUGAUUUCCACACAUUUCUGAUAAAACGUUACCGUUGAACGUGACAAAAACCUUACUUAGCUGUAAUAAGGAAGUCAUGUCAGAUGUUGCCACCUUUUGGACAUGCUUCUACUCAUUUCGGCUUUUAAUUUGUCCCUGUGACUUCAACGUGGUCUUUAACAGGACCCAAGUGAGUGAUAGUUCAAAGACGAGCGAUAUCUACCUCUACACAGGACAACACCACAGUUGUGCGACUCUGAAGCACCACAAAGUUGUGAACUGACAGAGGCUUCUACGUGUAUUUCCUCUGUUUCCUUACACUGUGACGAAUAUCAAACCAGACAUCUACCAUCCUGAACUUCAUAAACCUUUUAACACUUGUAUUUAUUCUGUGUACAGUUUUAUUUCAUGUGGCAUUCAUGUGUUCAAAGCCUGCUCGUCCUACAUAUUUCAUAAUGCUCUUGUACCGGGGUGUGUGCAUGUCCUCCACACGCUUCAUUGCAGAUUAUUUAACUUAAAGUGUAUCUAAAGAACAAAUCUAUAUCUGAAUACAAAUCUUUUAUUUAAUGUGAGCUUUUUGAAUUUGUUAUCUUGUUUGAGUGAGUGUGAAAUCUAAACUUAUCAGUGCCAAACACUUAAUUAAAAUGUUUAUUUCUCCCUGAA